GACGGGAGAAGGGAAUUGACCAAGUUGGUCGCUUUUUGCCUUUUUCUCCAUCAAAAUCGUGGAAUGCUAUUUGCUGGGAUUCGACCCUUUUGGUGGGAAUUCAUGAAAGCUUUCGAUUUUAAUUGGACAGAUUCCGACAAGCUCUGUGCUUCGUAAUAGUCAUCUAAUGAUAUAUACUAUACAUAUAUAUGUAAGAAGAAAAGAUUAAGCCGGAGGAGAAAGCAAUCAAGUGGGGUCGUUCUCAGACUGGCGGGCCUACUCUCUCCCCUCCCACUUGCUGAUCUAAUAGAACUUUCCCAACCCUCUUUAACCAUUUUCCUCCUUCUCCUCCUCUGCAUCAGACGAAGAAAGAUCCGAUUUUGCCAUUCCUGGUACCCCCAUGUGCUUGCCAAUCCGCCUGAAGGAAGGGAUCCCAAAAGCUGAAAGGUUCUCUCUGAGUGACAUAUUUUAUCUUUUGUUAUACUAAAUGGACUGAGAGUUUUGCAGAAAGGAGGGGGUUGGGAUCUCUCAGUUCAAGCAUAUGGGUCUUCUCUGUGUUGCUCAAGCUUCAUGGGUUUUACCUCAGAUUGCUGUUGUUGGCACUUAGGCUUGAAGGGUUGGCUUCAGUUUCCGUUUCAGUUUCAGUUUUUCUCUCUAAGCCCCCGGGGGGAUUUCUCGAAUGAGGUGUAGUUUGGUCUCUCUGAGUGGUGAUUCGUGGGACUGAGGUUCAUUGACACAUAUAUCAUGCUUGGUCCUCGACAAUGGAGAUGCUUGUGGCCAGAUUUUUACUGCUUUUCUAGCAUCCCCUCCCGUGAUUUAAGGAAAUAGAAUGAAGAACCUUCUCAAGAAGCUCCACAUCGUGUCGAGCAAAUCUGAGGAUGGAGAAGGGUCUGGCUUGUUACAGCGUGGCGGCUUGUCUCAGUUGAGUCCUUCUAGAGAGCACAAACACUUCUCAGGUCUCUCCAAUUGGUUAAAUUCGAUCUCGAGCAGGCGGAAUCCUAACCCUCCUUCGUCCUCGAACGCAAAGAUUCGAGAGCAGAGUGAUCCGCCCAAUCUAAUUAGUUCUGGUCAUGCUGACAUGGGUUUGGAAGCGGUCAGGGGUGAUUCGGAGUCGGUUGAUUCGAAGGAUCCUGAGAUAGAUGAGGAAUACCAAAUUCAGAUAGCUAUGGAAUUGAGUGCAAGGGAGGAUCCCGAGGCAGUUCAGAUCGAGGCCGUGAAGCAGAUCAGCUUGGGCUCUUCUGCUGUGGACAAUACUCCUGCAGAAGUUGUUGCUUAUCGAUACUGGAAUUACAAUGCUCUUAGCUGUGACGACAGAGUGUUGGACGGCUUUUACGACCUUUAUGGGGUAUCAACAGAUUCCUCCUCAGGGAGAAUGCCUUCCCUCAUUGAUCUGCAAGAUACAUCCUCAACAGGAAGUGUCCAAUGGGAGGCCAUUUUGGUAAACAGAGCCGGAGAUUCUAACCUGCUGAGACUGGAAGAGAAGGCUCUGGAGAUGGCUUUCAAAUUGAGGUCGGGACUCGUAGAUUCUAGAUCUGGUUAUUUGGUGCGGAAGCUCGCUGUUUUAGUUUCUGACUUUAUGGGUGGACCAGUUGGGGAUCCUGAGAACAUGUUAAGGGCAUGGCAGAAAUUUAGCUGCAGCUUGAAAGAAACUCUUGGUAACAAGGUCUUGCCUCUCGGUUCCCUUACCAUUGGACUCUCUCGGCACCGAGCCUUGUUGUUUAAGGUUUUGGCCGAUAGUUUGGGCAUCCCGUGUAAAUUGGUGAAGGGCCAGCAGUUUAGUGGUUCCAGUGAUGCGGCUAUGAAUUUUGUUAAGCUUGAUGAUGGCAGGGAGUACAUUGUCGAUCUAAUGUCCGACCCUGGCACUCUCAUCCCAUCUGAUGCUGCUGGCUUAAACAGAGAAUAUGAUGAAUCUGUGUUUUCUGCGAGCCCUUUAUCCUCAUCUCGAGCAGCCUCUUCGAGCAGCGGGGUUGCUAGCUCAUACGAAGAGCGGUCUGAGUUUGGGACAUUUGACAAGAAGUCAAGGUUAAUCGACGUUGCAGCCAUAGGAAAUGAUUUCAACAAUAACCGUGACAAUCCUCAGAGAAAUUUGAUUGGAAGUGCAGAAUCAGCAAAAACAUCCUUGGAAGACUCAAAAAAUCUACCCCCUACAGGGAAGCUCCACACGAGAUCUCCUUCUUGGACAGAAGGUGUGAGUUCCCCUGCUGUUCGGAGAAUGAAGGUGAAGGAUGUUUCACACUUCAUGCUCGAUGCUGCAAAGGAGAACCCCAGACUGGCGCAGAAGCUUCACGAUGUGCUCCUCGAGAGCGGGGUUGUGGCCCCACCAAAUUUAUUCACCGAUAUAUGCUCAGGACCUGUUGAUUCAGGAGACCCACCAGAGGAUGAAAGUAGAAGGGGUACUGGAUCCCGAGAAAGUACGGGUGAGGAUUUCUUGCCUCCCCUUCCUCAUCAGAAGCUGCAUGAUAAAGUACCUUCAGCUUCAGGUCCUAAUCAGCAGGAACAAUCAGAAGUCAAUCCUACUUAUGCGAAAAAUGUCCCCGCGGCAGCUGCAGCUGCUGCGGCUGCUGCAGUCGUGGCUUCAUCGAUGGUGGUUGCAGCUGCAAAGUUGAGCAGUGACCCCAACCUUGAGCUUCCUGUGACAGCAGCUGCUACGGUUACAGCAGCUGCAGUGGUGGCUACAACUGCUGCUGUGAGCAAGCAAUAUGAGCAAGGGCUUCGAAGUGAUGGUGAGGCGGAAGCUUCCAGCAGCAAGCAUCGGGGGAGUGGUGGAAACUACCAGGAAACUGAUUCUCCACCAAGAGGGAACUCUGGAGGGGAGAGAGUUUCUGAUCGAUCUUUGGGCAACGACAGUUCAAGGUCAGAUCUCAUGUUCGAUGAGGUCUUGGAGCUAGAGAUUCAGUGGGAGGAGAUCACCUUGGGCGAGCGAAUAGGGCUUGGAUCAUAUGGGGAGGUUUACCGAGGCGAGUGGCAUGGAACUGAAGUGGCUGUAAAGAGGUUUCUAGACCAGGAUAUAUCGGGCGAAUCACUUGAAGAAUUCAAAAGUGAGAUCCGGAUAAUGACAAAACUCAGGCAUCCCAACGUUGUUCUCUUCAUGGGAGCAGUAACCCGGCCUCCAAAUCUUUCUAUUGUGACGGAAUUUCUCCCGAGAGGUAGUUUGUAUAGAUUGAUACAUCGGCCCAACAAUCUACUGGAUGAGCGGAGACGAUUAAAGAUGGCACUUGAUGCAGCUCGAGGAUUGAACUAUCUACAUAGUUGCAAUCCUGUCAUAGUACACCGUGAUCUGAAGUCCCCAAACCUUCUAGUCGACAAAAAUUGGGUUGUGAAGGUAUGUGAUUUCGGUCUAUCACGAAGGAAACAUAGCACAUUCCUCUCGUCAAGAUCCACAGCAGGAACUGCGGAGUGGAUGGCUCCAGAGGUGCUCAGAAAUGAACCUUCAAAUGAGAAGUGUGAUGUUUAUAGCUUCGGGGUCAUACUGUGGGAGCUAUUUACAAUGCAGCAGCCAUGGGGAGGAAUGAACCCUAUGCAAGUGGUCGGUGCUGUAGGAUAUCAACACCGGCGUCUUGACAUCCCCGAUGAUAUGGAUCCAGUAAUCGCUGAUAUUAUUAGGAAAUGCUGGGAAACUGAUCCCAAACUCAGACCGUCAUUUGCAGAGAUAAUGGCUGCAUUGAAGCCGCUGCAGAAGCCAAUAACCAGCUCACAUGUGCCGCGGCCGACUUCUUGACCCAGAGAGAAGAAAAUAAGCAAGAGUCGAGCUUUUUCAGAGGUUGCAGAGGAUAUAACACCUGGGGUUAAAGGAAUAACUUUUACGACCAAAAUGAUUUCAAAUCAAUGGAUCUUCAGAAGCCAGCGGGAAGUUCGCUCGGUUCACUAUGACAGCAGUUUGAGAUGAUUACAAUUUUUUCUUUCUUCUUCUUGUCUCGGUCUUUCUCGUUUCUUCUGUUGCAACUGUGAGCUGUGCCAUUCCACAGAAUGUGUAUUUUCUCUGUAAAGGAAAAGAAAUUCUCUGUAAAUUUGUUGUAAACAAAAGGUGAUUCGGGGCUUUCCAAUUGUGCAAUAUAAGUGGGGAAAAAGUAAAGGGUUAGGUUUCA